AUGAAAGAAUUGUACUUUACAAUCGAAGAAGCUAGAUUAGGCAUUUUUGAAAGUCCUACAGGCACGGGUAAAUCAUUAAGUAUUUGUUGUGGUGCUCUUCAGUGGUACAAAGAUAAUAAGCAAAGGACCAUUGAAAAUAUAGAGAAAGAAAUUUCUCAAAUUAAAGAAGAACUGAAAACUAUAACUGAUUCUGAAGACUGGCUAAAAGCCGAAUAUGAAAAAAUUAAAAAGAAUCAAGCAUUAACAGCAUUGCAAUUUAAAUUAGAUAAAAUUAAAAAGCAUGAAGACUUAUAUUUUGAAAUGAAAAGUAGAGUUAGUAAAUUAAAAAAUAAUAUCAACCAGAGGAGUAACGAAAACUACUUUAAGUUUAAUAAUAAAAUCGAAAAAGAAUCUGAAAAUAAUAAGGAAAAUAUACCAGUAGAUCAAGAGGAUGAAGAUGAUGAUUUAAUUGUUGAUAAUCAAGAUAUGAAAAAUGACUCUGAUAAUGAGGAUGCUGAAACUGGUAUAAAAGAUGAAAAUGAAAGUAUGAAUAAGAUAUAUAUAAGCAGUAGGACUCACAGUCAGCUAUCUCAAUUUAUUGGAGAAAUAAAAAGAACAGCCUUCAAGGAAGACACAAGAGUAGUGACUCUUGCCUCACGUCAGCACUACUGCAUCAAUUCUGAUGUAGCAAAACUGAAAAAUGUUCAUUUAAUAAAUGAAAGAUGUCUGGACAUGCAGAAAUCUAAAACAAAUGCAACAUCCAUUGGUGAUGAUGGGAAAGUUCUGAAAAAGACUAAGACUAAGUCCUGCUCAGCUUGCCCAUAUUAUAAUCAGAAUAAUAUUACAAAACUUAAGGAGAGAAUGUUAAUUGACAUUAUGGAUAUGGAGGAUUUGGUUAAAGGUGGUAAAGAAUUGAAGGCAUGCCCAUAUUAUGCAUCCAGAAUGGCCUUGGAUGAAGCACAGGUGGUUCUUAUAAGCCAUGCAGGCAUUGUUAGCUCAGGAGCACGGUCGGGUUUUGCACUAAAGUUAAAAGAUAAUGUACUCAUCCUCGAUGAAGCCCACGGACUUGCUGCAGCACUGGAAAAUGCUUAUUCUGCGCCCGUCUCUGAAAUACAGCUGUCUUUAGUGAGGACUUACCUUAAUUUCUAUAUAAAUAAGUACAGGGCGAGGUUGAGCAGUAAGAACCUGUUGCAGCUGAAUCAAAUUGCUUUUGUUGUUGGAAAGCUUUUGGGAAUGUUGAAACCGAAAACUGAACAAAAGGAACAAAGUGAAACCAAAAUAUAUACAAUCGAAGACUUUGUUGUCAAAGCCGAAAUUGACCAUAUAAAUUUGCGACCCCUGGUGGAGUUCUGCGAAAGCGCUCGCCUUGCGCCCAAACUCCACGGUUUCUCGAUGCGGUACAGUCAACAGGCGCUUGAAGAUCAAAAUAAAAAAGUUACAGUCAGCCAAAAGAGCUCUUUCGAAAAGUUCAUUAGUAAUAUUUCGAAGACACCUGAUAGCAGUCCUAUUGAAGAGUUAAACGAAAAUAUCAAAACCAGUCCUCAGACGCCGUCAGAGGGUUCUGCGGGGAGCGCUCUGUACGCUGUGCUGGCGCUGCUCAGGGCUCUGUGCGGACGAAGCGCCGCCGGGCGGGUGGUGGCGCGCCAGGGCUCCGGCCCCUCAUUCGACCACCUGCUGCUCGACGCGGCGGACGGCUUCGCCGAAGUCGUCUCCCAGUGCAGAUCGGUGAUAGUGGCAGGUGGCACCAUGGAGCCCAUAGAAGAGUUCCGUGAACUACUUGCUGGGAACCAACCUCUGGACCUCCGGCUGAACGUCCUAAGAUGCGGCCACGUGGUCCCACCGGAGAAUGUAGUCGCCCUCUGCCUCUCUAAAGGUCCCUCGAACCUCGCUCUCAACUUCUCCUACGAAACCAGAAUGUCCAAAGAGCUGCUGAACGAGGUUGGUAGAAUCUUAAGGAAUAUUUGCAGUAUAGUGCCAGGUGGCGUCGUGUGUUUUCUACCGUCAUAUUCCUACGAGCAGACAGUGUACGAACAUCUAAAGAAUAACAAGUUCAUCGACGGUAUUAGCAGGAAAAAAUCAAUAUUUCGUGAACCCAAAUCUGCCACAGAAGUGGACCAAGUAUUGCAGAAAUUUGCCACAGUAGUGAGAAACAAAGAUGCAGAUCGCAAUGGUGCUUUACUGCUAAGUGUGGUUGGGGGAAAACUGAGUGAAGGGUUGAAUUUUAGUGAUGAUCUGGGCCGGUGCGUCAUUGUUAUUGGUAUGCCAUACCCUAAUAUAAAGUCUCCAGAGCUGCAGGAGAAAAUGAGAUAUCUCGAUAGAAAAGCGGGCGGGAAUGCUGGCAGUAUGUACUAUGAAAAUUUGUGCAUUAAAGCUGUAAACCAGUGUAUUGGUACUAAAGGCUAU